CUCUCACCCACAUUACUCACUCUCACUCACAUCACCCACAACACACUCACAUCACUCACACUCACAACACACUCACAUCACUCACUCACACUCACAACACACUCACUCACAUCACUCACAACACACUCACUCACAUCACUCACUCACAUCACUCACAACACACUCACUCACAUCACACACUCACAUCACUCACUCACAUCACUCACUCACAUCACACACAACACAUGAUAAGAAGUUUUUGUGUUAGAGCUCGUAAAUGUGUCGUUAAACCCGCCGCAGCCAAUUAUUAGUAAGCAAUUAGUAAGCGAGAAUCCUGAGACGAAACGCUUCUGAUUGGCUGUUGGGGCCCAGUCGAGCGACGCCCCCGCCCUCCCUCCCCCCCGCGUUCCGCGCGCUGAUUGGCGGAGACACUCGAGGUGAUUCGCCCCGCAGCGGAGGAACACAGCGCGCGGAGCGAUACACGGGCACGGCGCUUCACCGCCGCCGAGGGACUUUGCCGCCCCAAUGCAGCUUUAACGGGACCCACGCCGUCAUGCUCAAAUGCGUGAGGCUCCAUCGACGUUGCGUCUCGUCGGCCGCCGCCUUCGCCCCGCUCCGCUCACGACACGACAUGCGCCCGUCGGCUGGCGGCGCCACGCCGGGCAGGAACCCCACUCUCUGCAGCGACGCGGAGGAGCUGUUCCGGAGCGCCGUGUCGGCGGUGCUGCCGCUGGGCAUGGUGCGGCGCAGCUUGCGCGUGGAGGGCGGCGACACGCUGAGCGCCGGCGGGCGCUGCUUCCCGCUGCGGCGCAACGUGACGGUGGUGGGCUUCGGCAAGGCGGCGCUGGGCAUGGGUCGCGCUGCCGAGGAGCUGCUGGGCCGCCACGUGGUGCGGGGAGCGCUCAGCGUUCCCGUGGGGGCGCAGGAGAGCCUUCGCCAGGCCGGCAAAACAGAGAUGCUUCUGCAGCCAGACACCAAGCUGAGGGUGUUCGAAGGGGCCCUCAAUAACCUGCCCGACGAGGGGUCGCUCGAAGCUGCCCGCUACAUCCAGCGGCUCGUGGAAGCCCUGAGACCGAGCGACCUACUCCUCGUUCUCAUCUCAGGGGGUGGCUCCGCGCUGCUGCCCGCGCCGGUGCCCCCCGUGAGUCUGCAGGAGAAGCAGGAGGUGACGCGGCUGCUGGCGACGCGGGGGGCGGCCAUCGGCGAGCUCAACGCGGUGCGCCGCGGCCUCUCGCUGCUCAAGGGCGGCGGCCUUGCCCGCCUGGCGCGACCCGCACAGGUCGUCACGUUGAUCCUGUCGGACGUGGUGGGAGAUCCCCUGGAAGCGAUCGCGAGCGGCCCCACGGUGCGCAACCCCACGACCCCGUCGCACUGCCUGGACGUGCUCGGCCGCUACGAGCUGCUGGGCCGCGUUGCGCCCUCCGUGUUGCACCACCUCUCCCACCCGCCGUCGCCCCGCUCCAACGACGACGACGAGGACCUCUCGCACGUCCUCAACCUCGUCGUGGGCUCCAGCGGGCUGGCGCUCCAGGAGGCGUGCGCCCACGCCGCUCGGCUGGGCUACGAGCCGCUGGCGCUGUCCCGCUCGGUCACGGGGGACGUGGCGGACGCCGCCGAGUUCUACUCCCGGCUCAUCGCGUACGCGUGCCGUCGCCUGCGCUCGCGCGGAGGCCCCACGGGCGGAGGGAAUGCGGAGGACGAGGUGGACGAGGUUGAGGAGGCGGAGCGUCUAAAGGAGGCGGCGGCGAGGUGCGGCGUGCAUGAUCUGUCGACGGAGGCGCUGGCCGGCACGGUGGCGAUCGCCGCGCGCCGCCGGGGAGGGCGCCUGUGCGUGGCAUGCGGGGGGGAGACGACCGUGAGCGUCGGGGGCGAUGGGCGGGGCGGGCGCAAUCAGGAGCUGGCGCUGCACGUGGCUCGGCGGCUUGGGGGCUUGAGACAAACCCAGCCCAUACAGUCCCCACUCGGGCCCGUUGCCGCACCGAGCGGCGUCGGUGACGUCGGCAACGCCGUGGACGCGACGCGCGGCUGCUCCGCCGUGUUCCUGAGCGCCGGCACGGACGGCCAAGACGGCCCCACGCCGGCGGCCGGGGCGCUGGCGUGGCCCUCGCUCGUCGCCGAGGCGCGCGCGGCCGGGGCGGAUGUGGAGGACGCCCUGCGGCGCAACGACUCGUUUGGGUUCUACUCGGCGCUGGGCGAGGGCCUCGUCGUCACGGGGCUCACGGGCACCAACGUCAUGGACGUGCAGCUCGUGCUGGUGCAGCCGCGGCAGCCGUAGAGGCAACGGUGGCGGCGGGGGGCAGCACGGGCGGCGAAGGGACACGGGCAGUGAGGAGAGGGGACAGGCAGUCGUCGACAGAUGGAAUGUAGGGAGGGGAGCAGCGGGGACUGAAGUAGAAGUCUCGAGAGAAGUGUAACUUCGAGUUGUUGUAACGUUCUGAGCCCCGUGCCCCUACUGGACAUCUGUGAAAAAGAGCUUCAUAGUCGGCUUCCUCCAGUGUGAAUAAAGAUCCUGAUUCUGAAUAGAGAGAGGGGAGUAGAGAGAGAGAGAGAAGAGUACAGAGAGGACAAGUUGAGAGUAGUAGUCGUAGUAGAGUGAGAGACAGGGAGACCAGCAGUAAGGAAACGUCACGAGCAGUGGAGGUCAGAAAGAAUAGCAACUGGGGUGAGGGGCAGGAGCGUGAAAGGGACACCAGCAGUAGAGGAAGGAACACGAGGAGCGGCGAGGCGGGCCGAGCGAGCGGGAGAAGGGGGGCCGUCACACCGGUGCUCGAGGAGGAGGAGGGGCGGCUUCGUCUGCGGCUUCAUUUUUUGUUUGUAAAUUGAAUCUUGCUCGACUUUUAUCUCUGUUCAAAAUGAACACGAAUCGUUACGAUGAGGUGGUUGAGGGGUUCCUAACGACGGACCAGUACCGCCGCUAGGCCCCGAUUAGGGCCCAUGGAUUGAUUACACCGGGCUCUCAGUUUCAGGAGAUGAUCUCAGACUCGUCACAAUGUGGCCGUAGCACUUUGAUCUAUAAAGAUUUAGAAUCAUCCUUGCCGAGUAUCAAAUGAGAGAUACAAAGUGAGUGUUUCAUCAAGGUAAAAUCUCGACUUAAAGCUUUCGUGACUGCAGGAAUUCAUAUUGUUGGGUCUUUCGGUAAAGUCACGUAGGUAGGUUCAAAGAAAAUAACAAAAAACUACGGCGUUUCGAUCGCAACACAAGCGGUCGUGAUCAGGAAGAAAAAAAAAGAACGCUUGUGUUGCGAUCGAAACGUCGUAGUUUUUGUAAUUUUUUUGUUAUUUUUUUUUUACCUGGCUUUACCGAAAGAUCCAAGAAUAUUUCAAGGUGUUUUUGCUUCACGCCUUGAUGCCAUCGUUGCUAUCCGAAUGUAAUUUAUGACAAUAGAAAACGGUGGAAUUAAAACAAUUUUUCUCACUA